GGGACACUGGACAGCAAGAGAGCCACACUGAGAACCACUGCUUGAUCUUUCUGCAGGAGAGCAAAAACCGGCUCUGAUUUACAAGACUUGAAGAAAAGCAAACUUUACCUUUUCAAGGGUUUUGCUGGAUUUGGGUUUUUUUUCCUGAAAAAAAAAGAAAAAAAAAAAAGAAGUCGGACCAGGAUGAAGUACUAUCAGUGCCCCGUGCCCCAGACGAUGGGAAUCAAGGCUUACACCCAGGACUGUGGCAUCCCGGUCAGCUGCAAGAGCUCUGCUUCUCUGAAGCCAAUCCGCAGUGUGCACUUCCCCAACGACAUCGUUUUCCAGGACUAUGUGCGACACGGCGAGCUGGAGAGGAUCGGACGUUUCAUCCGAGCCAGAAGAGUCGACCUGGACACCAUCUACCACUCUGGCAUGGCUGCCAUCCAUGAGGCCGUCCUGUCUGGCAACCUGGAGUGUGUGAAGCUGCUGGUCCACUAUGGAGCAGAUAUCCACCAGAGGGAUGAGGAGGGAUGGACCCCACUGCACAUGGCCUGCAGCGACGGCUUCCCACACAUUGCAAGCUACCUUCUCUCGCUGGGUGCCGACCCCGAGCUGGAGAAUGACUGCGGGGAGAAGCCGGCUGACCUCAUUGACCCAGACAACAAGGAGCUGCUGGAGCUCUUCGGGCUGGCUGUCAAUGACUGAGGACAUCUGGUUUUUGAAGCCAGAAGUCUGAAACCAACUGCCCAGUCACCCGACUGUUCUGCAGGGAUGGACAGAAAAGCCACGUCAGGCCAGCAUCCUGAUUUUGUGAGCUGCCUCAGCUCUGGAGGUCAGGGACUGUGGAUGUGCGGUGGAGGGAGGGCUGACGGAGCCCGUCGGCUGCCUCCUGAAUGGAGUGAACUUCUGCUGGUUGGGGCUGGCCUCUGAUCUCCAGCAGUACAGAUUUACUAUCUCCUCUAAGAGCUUCAGAGCUUUAUAUAUGGUAGUGAGCUGAAUGAAUCAUUUGAUUUGAUGUUGCUGAUUUUUUUUUUUGGCAUGUCGCUGAGAUUUGGAGGGCUUCUGUGAAAGGGCUGUUGUUGAACUGUUUUUGCUGCUCAGCUCAUUAGCUUUCUGAAAGCCAAGAUUAGCAAAACCAAACAGGCUCAUGUUGACUGGCUUACUAGCAUAUGUUUGCCACUGAUCCGAAGCUGGAACACCAAAGUUUUUUUCAUUCUUUCUGUCUGAUCACUCUA